AAGUUCUCAAAGUUUUUAUUAGCGAAUGUGAGUAGGAAUUCAAAUAAAGUGAAAAACAAUAUAAUUGAAUGAACUAGAAAAGGUUUCAACAGCGGUAGUGUCUCCAAAGCAACGACGAUGGCAAAGGCGGUGAACAAUAUGGGAAUGUCAAUAGUGGAACCGCAGGAACGAAUGCGCUUCCUAUCCAAUCAUGGCAAUAUUAUAGAAGUGGACGCCAACGUUCCAGUUACACGAUACUAUCGCUCCGGCACAGAAAUGCUACGCAUGGCAAAUGUUUACCUCACUGAAGGAAAUCAUGAAAAUGCAUUUAUCCUUUACAUGAAGUAUAUGACAUUAUUUAUUGAGAAAAUACGUUCACAUCCGGAAUAUCCAAAAAUCAAGGCUGAAGUAAAAGUAAUCAAUAAACGUAUUAAGGAAGAAAUAAUGCCGACUACGGAAAAAUUGCGGUCCAAACUACUGGAACGCUAUCAAAAAGAGUAUGAACAAUUUUUGGCCAACAAAGAGGCGGAAAAAGCGCGUGAAUUGGAGCGUGAACGUCAAAGACGUGCAACAGCUGGUGGAAGUUCUAGCGGUGGUUCCGGUGCACACAUACCAACUAAUCUGCAUGUUCAAAUUGAUCCAAGUAUGCAACCAAGUGCGCCUGAUUUGGGACUGUUAGAUAAGGUAGUUUAUCCAAGUGAUUUCCCAACUGGUACAAAUCGUGCCGGUUCGGGGCUACUUUUGCCCGGUGAUGCGGACAAAGAAGGCGCAAAAUCAAUAAGCAAGCCACCCAGUUUCGAUCGUAACCAAAAGCCACAUUACGAACGGUCCGAUUCCCUACUGGCGGGUUCACUGCGGACAGUUAUCAUACCAGAGAACACAAUGGAUGUGUUCUUGCAAUUGGCGCAAAGCAAUACUUUGAAAAACAUCGAAACUUGCGGCAUUUUAGCUGGUCAUUUGUCACAGAAUCGUCUAUUUAUCACACAUAUUAUAAUACCGAAGCAACAAGGUACACCUGACAGCUGUAAUACAAUGAAUGAGGAAGAGAUUUUCGAUGUGCAAGAUCAACAGAAUCUUAUAACACUGGGUUGGAUCCAUACACAUCCAAGCCAGACAGCUUUCCUCUCAUCCGUGGAUUUGCAUACACACUGUUCAUAUCAGAUGAUGAUGCCUGAGGCAAUUGCCAUUGUUUGUGCCCCCAAGUAUCAGACCACUGGUUUCUUCAUAUUAACACCGGAUUAUGGUCUGGACUACAUCGCACAAUGCCGGCAAACAGGAUUUCAUCCACAUCCUAAUGAGCCACGACUGUAUAUGGAAUCUCAACACAUUCAGCUCGAUGCUCAAAGGAAGAUACAGGUGGUCGAUCUGCGUAGAUAGUAUGUAGAGUUUUAUGUUUGAAGAGGCCUUAUUUUAUAACUGCAAGCAGAAAGGGGAAAAGUGGCGCCAAGCGAAUUUAAAUAGCGUUAAAUUAAAAAGUGUAUAUGAUGGUGUUUGCUUUUCUAGCUAAAAAUGUUGCAUGCGAGAAAGUUCUUAUUUCGCUAAGCAAACUUACAAGACAGUUAAGUAAGCAGCUCUUCGGAUCGUGAAAAUAUACAAUGACAGAAAAAAUAUUUACAAGGGAAAAAUAUCAAAAGCAGUUGCUAAGAAAAAAUCACAUGCAACAUUUAUACAAGAAAAGCAGGCACCAUUAGAUAAAAGCACAUUAUUUGUAGGCAAGAUAUAUAUUUUUAAAACUGGAAUAGUUCCUUUUGCAAUAAAUUUAUCAAUAAUACAUACAUACACAUGUAUAUUUUCUGCUUUAUGUGCGUGUGUGUUCAAUAGCAAGUGCAAGCAAAGAAUUACUUUAUUAUGCUGUAAGCAAAAAUGUUUGGCAUAAAUAUUCGCGCACGCAAGUUUGGUACCAAAAUUGAUUAAAUAAAGUUGUAGUAUUAAUAAGCGCAUACAAUUAUGCGCAUAAUGCAGACACACAUAUAUAUACAGACAUAUUUUUAGACAUUUUUGCGCUGAAGGUGUAUAUUUAUAUAAAAAAAAGUUUGAUAUUCGCAACAUGGAAUUAGACGCUUGAGAAAAAAAGAUAAAGCGAAAGAUAUUUAAUAUAUUUUUUUGCUUUACUAUUGCAAAUAUUUAAGCAAACAGCUUCAAUUAUGUAAAAAAAUUAAUUUAAAGAAAUGUUGCAACACCUGCUUUAUUUACUUAUGUAUUUAUUUAUUAAUUUUUUUGUAUUAUGCUAGAAGGUUUGAUUAGCAAUGCAUUUUGGACGCAUAAAUGUGAUUUUACUGUUGGCUUAUUUAUUAACUUGAAUUUAGCUUAGAUAAUAAUUAAAUUAAUUAAAAGUAAUACAACAUAGUUAUAAUA